ACUAAUUCACUAGGUAUUCCACGUCGACCAAAACGGCCGCCAACAGGGCGUGGUGCUUAGCGAAAUGAGUGACUACGAGUACGAUGAGGCUUCCAUACGCUCACUCUCGCUGAUGCAGCUGCUCUACCCGCCAGAGUCCACCUACUUUUGGAAGCACGGUGGCAUGCCGCAGGUUAUCGAGACUCUGACUCUGGCGGACAUCAGCAAGUACCACAGCGAGUUUUACAACUACAACAAUGCUACGCUCUUCCUCAUAGGCGCUUACGACAAGUGUCCCGCUGCAAUUUUCGAGGCGCUGGGCAAGCUGGACAACGACAUUAUGGCAUCGCCACCAUUAUUAAGGCGGCCCAUGCCUCCAAUGCGUACUAAAAUAGUUAGGUCCCGCCAAGACCUCGUGUUUGCCUCGGAGAAGACACAGACCGGAAGCAUGGGCUUUGCUUGGGAGGGUCCGCCGGCUGAGGACUUGGAGACCGUUAUGGCGUUGGAGAUGCUUUUUGACUAUUUUGAAGCUGAUCCCGCAUCGCCGCUGCGCAAGCGUUUCACCAACCGGGCAGUCCCCAUUGCCGGCGACUUUAGGCUAGUCUUGGAGCCGUAUUUUCCAACAAUGAUCAAUCUGAGCUUUAGCAAUGUUCCGUUUGCAUCAUAUACAUACCACGCAGCGGCGGCGGCGGCGGCAGCACCAAGCAAGCGCGGCAAUUCUUACGCGCCAACCGAGUACCCGUCGCUCGCCGAUGCAUUUGGUCCGAUGGACCUUUCCAAGCUGCACGACGAUAUCAAAGGCCUGUACGCCUCCAACUACUACCGCAAGCAGCUAAUAAGCACACUGAAGUAUGUAGUCACCCACUGGUUGUCCGACAACUGGGCAGAUUUUCAUGCAUUUAUGGCCAAGCGUGCAGCUAUGUUGGAGGCCUCAUUUGCAAAAAACAACAUGGGCGACAAGCACCCGCAGGGAAUUUUGCAAAUGCUCUCCCGCGACGCCAUCGCUUUCCGUUUUUCUCCAGGUUCCGCAGAUUUGGCCCAACCAACGUUCGCGUCGCGUGGCAAGCAGUUUUCCAUGCGCAAAAGCCUGCUUAACCAGAAGGAUCAUGUAUUUUGGCAGUCUCUCGUGCAGAGAUGGCUUUUGGAUGGCCCGAUGGUGCACAAUGCAAUGAUCCCCGACCCAAAGUACUACAUCCACGUCGAGGCUGAGCGCAACCUUUCCCAGCGCAACUACAUUGAAAGCAAGACCCCCGAGGAGCUGGCUGCUAUGCAUAAGCGCGUAGACAAGGCAAUUGCUUCGACCAAGGUAUGCAUCCCGCCGGAGGUCCUGGCCGCAUUCCCGCCGACACCAGACAUUGCCAAAGUACCCAUUCCAAAGUUUUUUGGCUACAACUACCAGCUUGGCAACGACAGAGAGUUUGCGCCUUCACCAUUUGGUAUAGGUCGGGUGGUGAUAACACCGGCCAACGAGGAGUCUAGCUUCCGGAUUUCUCUCCCGCUGGCCGGACUUGCCAGCGAUCUGUGGCCAUAUCUUCCCCUGUUUACCCAACUUCUCACAACGCUCAAGCCGUCGGAAAUGUCGCAGGUGUAUCUGAACAGCGAGCAGGUGGACAGAUUGAUGAGCCAUACGUUGACCAAGUACAACGUGUUUCUUGGAGACCGCAAGCACCACAAAGCCGCCGACUAUUGGCCAUUCGAGGUUCUGACGCUAUAUGGGUCGAUGCCAAGCGCCAACUUACCUGGCGCAUUUAAUUUGCUGGUGCUCAAGCUUUUGUUUGGUGACUUUGGCGUGAAUGCCAUUUUUAAAGCUGCAGACAAGGAGCACAAGUGUUUGACAAGGAAAAAAGGAACAUCGGAAUCGCUUCUCAUCGAUACAUUUCAAUGGAUCAGGAUUCCCGGAUUGCUGGAUGCUCGCACUAUCGCAUCUGCCUCUGCCAACAACACUUCCAAUGUACCAAAUGCCGACAUCUCGCGUCCACCAACCGAGCCCCUGGGCCGCGCGCUAAACCUAUAUCACCAGGUGGCAUUCCUAUUUUCUGUGACCAAUGCAUUGACUGCAGCCAUGAGCGGCAACAGACUGGCCACUAUCCGGGCCGACCACAUUUGUGAUGCAAUCUUGCGUAUCCGCAAACAUUUUGCUCACUGUGUUGCAGGGACCGGCAUAAUUCAUAUCGCCAGGCCGCAGUCAAUCGAAGACACAGAAGCGCGAAAACUAACUGGCUGCCUGAUCAACGACUGGGAAUUUGUCUGCAAGUCGUGGCGCGAAGCCCACCAGCCUGUUGCUGUCGCCCCCAACACCCCUCCCUUUGAAAUAUUAACGCACUGCAGAAUUACCGGCCCAAUAGAAUUGCCUCCGCGCAAAAGGCCACGCACAAAUAUACUCAGCGCUGCGCUUGUCAAAAGCACUUCUCUCGCGUAUUCUAUUGGUAACCGCCAGGGGUCUUGCAACUUUGUGUCUCUACCAUCGUCAUUGGGCAUACACGUUGGCUUACCCAAUCUACAAACAUCAUUUGUAGGCGUCCAGGUACCGCUCACAAUCCAGGAGUAUCCUGCAGACACAUCCGUUGUGUCUGUCAAAAAGCAGCUUGAAAGUCUUCCAGCAACAGACUACUACUCGUUGUGCUUGCUUAUUAUAAUACUCAACCGCAGCGAGGGCCUGAUUAAAAAUGCCAUCCGAAGCCGUGGUCAUGCCUACGGCGUUGGGAUCCACCCAAAGUGCGAAAACGGCUUUCUAGCUGUGUAUAUUAGCCAUGCAGUCGACCCACAAAAGUCGAUAGAGGCGCUAUGGGAAACCAUUGAGAUGCUGACAACCGAGGAAGGCUGGAAUGAAUCUAUAACUGAGUUUCAGCUCAACUCUGCUCGAUCAACUUUUAUGUUCCGCUGCUAUAAUGGAUUCCCGCAGUGUGUGGCAUCGGAGGAUGCGUUUGCGCUAUUUUGCGGCUUUACUGGAAUCGAACAGUAUUUGGUUUGGGUGCGCAAGCACAUCGAGAACAUUUCCAUUGCUGAUUUGCGCCAGUCUUUCCUUAAGUGCUUCAAGCCAAUAAUUGUUAGAGACAAGUCUGUUUCUGCGCUGUAUAUUGUGGCUACACCCGCAUCGUUUACUAGUCCGGCCGGGAAACUUAUAAAAGGAAUGAACAAAAACCCGUAUAACAUUUUAUUCAAGACCAUACAGUUUGCAUCACUUGACCCAGUGGUCCAUAUAUAAACAUCGUCUUGGUUAAUAUUUCAUAUUCUAAAA